CUCUCAAUUCCCUGCCUCUCUCCGCUUCCGGUCGGUCUUAAUUCCGCUUCCUGUCCGAGACUGGCGUCUUUGCUGAGGGUCACAUUGAGCUUUGAGGUGCAUCGGGGGUGUCUUUCGGAUCAGCACCAUGGCUGAAGACAUCAAAACCAAAAUCAAGAACUACAAGACUGCCCCUUUUGACAGCCGCUUCCCCAAUCAGAACCAGACCAGAAACUGCUGGCAGAACUACCUAGACUACCACCGCUGCCAGAAGGCAAUGACUGCAAAAGGGGGUGAUGUCUCUGUGUGUGAAUGGUACCACCGUGUGUACAAGUCGCUCUGCCCCGUGUCCUGGGUCUCAGCCUGGGAUGACCGUCGGGCAGAAGGCACAUUUCCUGGGAAGAUUUGAACUGGCUGUACCCCACCUCCUCUGUCCUCCAUCCUCCGUCCUUCACCCUUCUUCCAGGAUAGCAGAGGGGGGCAUGGGUGCCUGAUGAUUCUGAAUCAUGAUUUAACUACUAAUAAAAACUCAGUGAAAAAGUGUA